AAGCAUACUUUCAGAAAUGUGAUGAGACAUAUAGCAAUAGGAUUUUAAAAGAAGAAUAUUGGUCUAGAAUAGUGAAAAUCUUUAUAGAAGUAAUUGGAAAACUUUGCGAUAAUAUUAAUGACUUUUUCAAGAAAGAUAACAAUUCUCUUUAUCUCAAAAUAGUAUAUGAAAAAGUUUUAUUCCUAGUAGCAUUUGCUAGAAAAAAGAAAUACUACAGCAUUCUGUAUAUAAGAGAGCUGAACUUUAAUAAUAAGCUUUUUAUUUGGGAUGUUGAGAUUGUAAAGCGGGAACAGUCUAAAUAUUUUCACAAGAUGGAUAAGAUGAUUAUGAAAAAUUCUAUAAGAUUGAAUAAUACUUAUAUUAUGCAUCAGAUUUUAGAAGAUAAGCUCCAAGAGACUGUAAAUAAUAUUACCCAAGUAGACUCUAGCGAACUGGUUUAA